UUUGUUUCUUGUUCUUAUGGAGGUGUUUUGGCAGUGGUUGAAGCUGGUUAUCAUGUGUUCCAUAGUGUUAGUUUUGGUAUUGAAAAUGGUGGUGCAGUUUUGGUGGAGACCUAGGAAGAUUGAACACCAUUUCUCACGGCAAGGGAUCAGAGGACCCCCUUACCGUUUCUUCAUUGGAAACGUCAAAGAGCUUGCGGGAAUGAUGUUAAAGGCUUCUUCCCAACCCAUGCCUUUCUCUCACAACAUUCUCCCCAGAGUUCUCUCUUUCUAUCAUCAUUGGAACAAGACUUAUGGGGCAACGUUUCUGGUUUGGUUUGGUCCUACGGUUCGGCUAACGGUGUCGGAGCCAGAUCUCGUAAAGGAAAUCUUCACAUCCAAGUCUGAAUUAUAUGAAAAGAAUGAAGCUCACCCUCUGAUUAAACAGCUUGAAGGUGAUGGCCUCCUAAGUCUCAAAGGUGAAAAAUGGGCUCGUCAUAGAAAAAUCAUAACCCCCACCUUCCAUACAGAGAAUCUCAAAUUGCUGGUGCCGGUGGUGGCACAAAGUGUGAGUGAUAUGGUGGAGAAAUGGUCGGCAAUGUCAAGCGGUUGCGGAGAGGUUGAAAUCGAAGUUUUCGAGUGGUUUCAGAGCCUUACGGAAGAUGUCAUUAUUCGUACCGCCUUCGGAAGCUGCUAUGAAGAUGGCAAAGCCAUUUUCCGAUUACAAGCUCAACAAAUGGUGCUUGCUGCCCAGGCUUUUCAAACGGUUUUCGUCCCUGGAUAUAGGUUUUUGCCGACCAAGAGGAACAUAAGUUGUUGGAAAUUGGACAGGAACAUUAAGAAGUCGUUGAUGAAGCUAAUCGAGCGGCGCAGGGGCAGCUCGAAGAACAUAGUGCAAGAGAAUGGGUCCAAGGAUCUGCUAGGAUUGAUGAUACAAGCCUCCAAUUCAACUCCAAAUAUCACUGUCCACGACAUAAUCCAAGAAUGCAAGAGCUUUCUCUUUGCCGGCAAGCAGACCACUUCCAACAUGCUCACGUGGACCACUAUUCUUCUAGCAAUGCACCCACAGUGGCAGGUCCAAGCACGUGAGGAGGUGCUAAGGGUUUGUGGGUCACGUAACGUACCCACCAGUGAUGAUGUUGUUAAGCUUAAGACGCUAAGUAUGAUCUUAAACGAAUCCCUGCGGUUGUACCCGCCGACAAUAGCCACGAUCAGACGGGCCAAAGCUGAUGCGGAGCUAGGGGGUUACAUCAUUCCUCGAGGGACGGAGCUCUUGAUACCGAUAUUGGCCCUUCAUCACGAUCAAGCCAUAUGGGGCAGUGAUGCUAACGAGUUCUUCCCACCUCGGUUCUCCGAAGGCGUGGCUCGUGCAGCCAAAGAUCCAGUCGGCUUCAUCCCAUUCGGCCUCGGUGUCCGAACGUGCAUCGGCCAAAACCUUGCCAUUAUGCAAGCCAAAUUAGCCCUUUCUAUAAUACUUCAACGCUUCUCCUUCAGAUUGGCCCCAAGUUAUCGACAUGCACCCACUGUUCUGAUGCUACUUUACCCACAAUAUGGAGCACCAAUCAUCUUUCAACCUCUAUCACGUAAAAGAUGAAGGUGUUGCCUUCAAAGUUUAAAGCAUGAGAUCAA